GCAACCAAUUCACCCUUUGUCAGCCCUCUGAUUGGUUCCUGGCUCGACCAAUCAGAAAAAUCCUUCGCCGUUGCCCAACUUCCGGUUGGACAUUUGGCCUCGGCUCUAUCACAACAUCACAACAACUGAACAAGAGUAGAUUUAAAAUGGUUAAACGGUGUGCAUGGGGGACUUGUAAAAGUGACUCUCGCUAUCCUGAGAGAAGCCCAGGAGUAUAUUUUAUCCCAUUCCCGAAACCGAAAGUACAUUACGAAAAAUGUUUACUUUGGAUACGUUUAUGCGGACGUCCGCACUGGCAGCUAAAUCCGUCCAAAAUAACGAAAUACACGUACAUCUGCUCUGAGGUAAGUUGGCACAUUAUUCUUUACAGUAGUAAUGUCACAAUUUAAGAGCUAAUGUUAGUGGUUGUACUUAGGUUUUAUAGGCAUUUAUUUCCUUCUGCUAGCCAAAAUUGGCAUUAUAGCUGUCGUAGCCACUAGCUGUCAUAGCAUGAUUGUGUUCGCAUGCCAAGAUGAUGCCAUUCUGUAACAUCUGUUUAUAUUUUUUAUGAAAGCACUUUGUUGAUGGGGCACCAAGUGAUCGAUACCCAAACCCCGUGGAUGCAACAGGAAAGUCUGUUAAGCCUUGCAGACUUAACCCCAAAAGACAAAGGCUGCAUCAGCAGAGUGAGAGCGGCAGUUUGGCAAGCCCAGGUCAUACCAUGGCUGAAGAUACAGCACAGACCAGUAACGUGGCAGAAGAAGACGCACAGCAAAGCAGCAUAGCAGAAGAGAAAGAAGAGAUUGGCAGCGGCGCAGAAGAGACAGAAGAGACGAAAGAGAUUGGCAGCAGGGCAGAAGAGAGAACAAACCCAGGAGAGACCUGUUACACUGCAGAAGACACAGCACAGCCCAACACAGUCGGACACAUGUCAGAAAACGCUGUUACAGAAGGAGAUGAAGAAUGGAACACCACUUUGGAGAGACUGGAGGACAAAGACCAGAUCAACACCCUAAAAACAGAACUAAAUCUUCACAAAACAGAAAUCCUCACUCUCAAUGAACAAAUUAAAGCUCUUGAGUGUUUAACCCCUGAGAGAGUAUACAAAAGCACCAUACCCAGAUACUUUCAGUAUUGUACAGGUUUUACAUAUAGUCAGUACAAUGAAUUAUGUACUUUUUUUCAAAUUCCUAACAGCAGCGAAAGCAAAGAAGUAAAUAUUCCCCCCGCCCUGACCUAUUGUAAGACCAAUAGUUACAUAAAGCAAAUGUCCCUCCGUCAACAGUUGCUUAUGGUCCUUAUGAAGCUGCGCAACAACUGUGAUAUGAAAGAACUUGCUUUCAAGUUUGGUAUCGACGAACCAAGUGUCAGCAUCAUUUUUAGAGCAUGGGUAGAUUAUAUGUAUAACAAGCUUGCUUCUUUAUCUAUAUGGCCCCAUAGGGAUAUCAUCACUUCACAAAUGCCAGAUAAAUAUAAGGCAGACUACCCAACUUCAUUUGGAAUCCUUGACUGCACAGAAUUAAGAAUACAAAAGCCAAGUUCAUUACAACUACAAAGCCAAACCUUCUCUGACUAUAAAUCUACCAACACACUCAAAGCCUUGAUAGCAUGUGAUCCCAGAGGAGCUGUCACAUUUAUCUCCACUCUGUUCACAGGUUCAAUAUCAGACAGGGAAAUAUUCAACCAGUGUGGAAUCACCACAUUACUUGAGGGUCUUAUUGAAUGUGGUUAUCUAAAGAAAGGAGAUGCGCUCAUGGCUGACAAAGGGUUUUUAAUCGAGAAAGAUGUUGAAUCUCUGGGUCUGAAGUUGAACAUUCCUCCAUUUAACAGAUCAAAUGUACAGAUGCCUGUUGGAGAUGUGCUCAAAACUAAAAAGAUAGCGAAGCACAGAGUAACUGUUGAAAGGGCUAUAGCAAAGAUAAAGAAAUUCAAAAUAGUUUCAGGUAGAAUCCCAAACUCAAUUCUUGGAAAUAUAAAUGAAAUAUGGUAUGUUGUCAGCAUGUUGUCUAAUUUUCAACCACAUAUACUUCAGAAGUAGCUGUGAUUUGUGUGUUUACCUGGUGGCUCAGCCCACUGCCAAGAGGGUAACUCUCCUGCCCAACAGUUAUGUUCAGUGGUGGUCUGCUCACAAUGUAGGAGAUGGGCGCAUCUGACAUCGAUGUCAGCAACCUGAGCUCAGUAUCUGUCAUUUUUAUAUGUUUCCUGUGGAUGUAGGAUAUGAAAAAAGAAAAGUCAGUUCAGAAACAUUUUUAUGCAAUACAUUUGUAUUUACAUUUGUAUACUUGUUUAAUGCAAUUAAAGUAAUUGAUUCAUUUUA